AAAAAAACAUCAACCUUUUGGAAAAAACAAUUAUUUCACUGACCGAGCCAGUUUGGGAAAGAAAAGUUUCUUCCUUGGACAAAUCCACGGAUUAACCAGAGGUCUUUGCAAGCGUCUCCUUUCUGCAUUUAGGAGAAGAGGCAGAAGGCGAUGUCCGCAUUGAGCGCCUUGAGUGAGGUCCAGGCGAAACGCAUGUGGGAAUUUUUCCCCAAGAAACUGGGAGGGGAGAUGCUACAGACAGAUGUGGAGUUACCCCAACACUGGCAGGACCUGAUCAUAACCGCAGGCUCUCUGCACUCCGGCUGGUGGGGCAGCCAGGCUCCAGAGGAGCCCACCCCCUGGGACGACCCCAAGGGUUUCCUGGCCUCCUUCGAACAAGUGGCUGAGGCCUGUCGGUGGCCCCGGAAAGAGUGGGCAGCCCGGCUUUGGCCUGCCCUCCGCGGAGAAGCCGAACAAGCUUUCAGUAACCUGGAGUCUCGAGACCGGCAGGAUUACGGGAAAGUGAAAGCAGCCAUCUUGCACUGGGAUGCCCUGAGCCGGGAGAAGCAACGCCAGCACUUCCGGCGUUUCCGCUACCAGGAAGCGGAGGGGCCCCGCGGGGUUUACAACCGGCUCCAGGCGCUGUGCCGUCAGUGGCUGAAGGUGGAGAGGCACUCCAAGGAGCAGAUCCUGGAGCUGCUGAUCCUGGAACAGUUCCUGACCGUCCUGCCUCCGGAGAUCCAGAGCUGGGUACGGGAGAGGGGCCCUGCUUGCUGCACCCAGGCGGUGGCCCUGGCCGAGGAUUUCCUCUGGAUGCAAAGAGAGUCUUUGAGAUGGGAACAACAGGGGACCACAGCCGCUGUUCCCUCAGCCAAGGCAGAGCGGGACUCGUCUGACAGCGGAGGGAUUUUCCCAAGGUCGUUCCUGGAGGAAGAGGAGAAAGUUGGAAAUUUGUGUGCAGGCGAUGUCCGGCAGAACGAGAAUGGCAGGAAAUUUUUGAAAGUUGCCUCCGACAGAACUGAGCCACCAAAGCUGGAAGAGAUGCCCUUGCUGAAGAGAACAAGGAGAAACUAUCUCACGGAUAAGUGUAAGAAAAGUACGGCUUCCCAAGUGGCGGGAUUCCAUAACGCUUCCCUCCCCGAAGAGAAACCGAACGAAAAGAGAAAAUACAAGUGCAACGUUUGCGGGAAAUUCUUCAGCUACAAGUCGAGCUUGAAGAUCCACCUGAGAAUCCACACCGGGGAGAAACCGUACAAGUGCUUGGAGUGCGGGAAGAGCUUCAUCCGUAGCGACCUCCUGGCCUCCCAUCAGAGGAUCCACACGGGGGAGAAGCCCUACAGCUGCUCCUUUUGCGGCAAGUGCUUCUGCGACUUGUCCACAUUGAUCAAGCAUCGGAGGAUCCACACGGGGGAGAAGCCGUACAUCUGCGUGGAGUGCGGCAAGAGCUUCAGCCAAAAGGCGAUUCUCAACUCCCACCAGAGGAUUCACACGGGUGAGAAACCUCACAAAUGCGGCGAGUGUGGGGACAGCUUCAGCCGGAGCACUUACCUGGCCUCCCAUCAGCGAGUCCACCUGGGGGGACGGAUGUGUCAAAAUGCAGAUUGUAGCCUCCCAGAUCAGCCCAAACUGAUUCAGUCCCCCAUCGUUCCUGUGGAGGAGAAGACCUUUAAAUGCCCCGAAUACGGUCAGAAGUUGAAGCAGCAUUCGCCGUGCUUGGCCCACCAGAAAAUGUACGCAUUGGGCAAAAGUAUCAGUGUUUUUGAAUGUGGAGACAAGAUUCAUUUGGAAGCCAUGGCUUGCGAGACUUCGGAGAAGCUGAGUGAUUAGCCCGGAGGUCGACAAAUCUGCGGCUCUGAAGCCGCAUGUGGCUCUUUCAUCCCUCUGCUGUGGCUCCCUGUCGCCGGUUAGCUGCACAAUUGAUAGGGCUUUUG